AUGUUCUCGGCUGACCAUCUUGCCUACGAGUUUGAGAGAUAUGGACCUCUCAUUCGCUGCGAUAUUCCCGCCCCUCGCAACAGCUCGUCGAAGCCAUAUGCCUUUGUGGAGUUUGAGGAUGAUAGGGAUGCUCGCGAGGCCUACUAUGAAAUGAGAGAUGCUCGUUUCGAAGGCUAUCGCCUUGAUGUCCAAUUCGCAAAGAACACACCCAGUGCAUCCUGGAGAUAUGAGGCAGGUGGUUCACGACGCCGUUCCAGAUCUCCUCGUCGCGGUCGCUCUCCUCCUCGCCGCCGUCGCUCUCCUUCCCCACCUCGUCGCCGCCGCUCUCCCAGCCCUCGUGGACGAAGCCCAAGCCCCCGCGGCCGUCGUCCUCGUUCGCUCAGCCCUGCAGGUGACCGUCGCCGUAGAUCUGCCUCUCGCUCUCCUGUCCGUGCCAACCAAGAUCGCCAAGCUGCCCGCGAGGAGGAUGUCAACAUGUCACCUGCACGCGGUUCUCGCUCACCUGCACGCCGCCGUUCCUCCAAGGAUGAGCGUGCUAUUGACAGCGGUCGUUCCAUGUCUCCUCGUCCCCGUUCAGACUCUCCUCGCCACCGCUCCAUCUCUCCUCGUGCUCGCUCCAUCUCUCCCGGAGACCGCUCCAUGACCCCUUGA